AACUUUAUCGUGAUUCACGAGACUACACGUUGGCACAGAUUACAUGAAAAUGGACUCGUCAUCAGAGCUUGCUAGUUUGUACACAGUGAAGGCAGUGGCUAUCCUGGACAAUGAUGGAGAGAGGUUACUAGCAAAGUACUACGAUGACACAUUUUCCACUGCCAAAGAACAGAAGGCAUUCGAGAAGAACCUCUUCAACAAGACACAUAGAGCAAAUGCUGAAAUCAUCAUGCUUGAGGGGAUGACGAUAGUGUACAGGAGUAAUGUUGAUCUACUCUUCUACGUGGUAGGAAGUGCAUCAGAAAAUGAGCUUAUUCUUGUGAGCGUGCUAAACUGCCUCUAUGAUUCCGUCAGUCAAAUCCUUAGGAAAAAUGUAGAAAAGAAAGCUCUAUUUGAUCACCUGGAUUCCAUUAUUCUUGCAUUGGAUGAAAUCAUUGAUGAAGGGAUCAUUCUUGAAGCAGACCCAAUUGCUGUUGCACAAAGAGUUUCACUGAGAGGGGAUGAUGUACCAAUCAGCGAACAGACCAUGUCACAGGUCAUCAGCAGCAAGUUGGAUGUUCUCCAGUCAGCCAAGGAUCAACUGAAGUGGUCAUUAUUAAAGUAGCAUCAAACAUCCUUCUCGCCAUCACUUGUACAAAUAUCUGUUAAAUUUAUGAUGUAAAAUUAAGAGUCUAAUAAUUCAUCUGUAGAGUUAAUAGAUAUAGAUUGUUAUUGGUAUACAUGUACACAUGUUUUAUACACCCAAGUCUAAGAGCCUUUUGUAGUAUGGAGUCACACUGUGUAUUUCUCCUUAAAAGACCAUUCAAAGCCUGGAGGAGUAAGUCAGGUUGAAAAUUCAUUCUAUUCCUUAGAUUAUAAGUAAACAAUUUAUAUUUAUAUGUAAAACAUGUAGUUUAGAGCUGUGGAUGAUGACUGUAUGUAUAUAUACAAACUCUGUUCCAGUCAGAAUUCAUACUUUCAGAUGAAAGUGACUUAACACUUAGUCAUUUUCAAUGUUGAUUAUCUGCAGAAAUGUUAUUGGGUUUGUAUAAUUUUACUUUUUAAUUUUCUCUUUUUACAAAUUGUAUUAGUAUACAAAUGUAGUACCGGUAUGUAUUGCAAGGCCCUGUAUUUUUGGAACAAACUUUUUCUUUGUCUAAAAAAAAAAUCAUGAAAUUAAUAAUAAUCUGUAUUACCAAAUUGAUUCAUACAUCGUAAUUCAAACCUUAUGACUGAAGUGUAUUUAGUUUUGUAUUGAUUCCUUUAACAAAAACAUUAGUUUUGUGUGAUUGUUCAUUUUCUUUUGUCAACAAUGCUAUAUAUAAAAAAAGAAUGCAAUACCAUUAGCAAGAAUUCAAUUUUAAGAUGAUGAUUAAUACCAAAGUCAAGAUUAUCUAAAAGGAAUAAUCAUGGUCCAGAUAAAUCACAAUUUUAUGUUGUUGUUUUUUGUUGGUAAAAGCAGAACUUAAAUGAAAUAUUAUGAUUGUCAACCUCAUUUUUCUUUUCCCCAAUAUGACUGUUGUAUUCUACAUGAACUUAUUUAGUAUAGGCUCCCCCCCCCCCUCACUACAAGGUACAUGUACUUGCAAGGUCAAAGUAAAUCUAAAUUUUUACUCAUGUUUUAAGUCAGUUAUGUCUUAAUCCAGGAACAUCCAAUGAAUAUUAAUUUUGAGAUUAUCUUUGUAGGAUGAAGCUGUACAUUACAUUGGGAAAUAGUUGUUUAUACUAAACAAACAAAAAAUUAAAUAUGUAUCAACAAGUUUGUUCUCCUUGCUAAUGGUUUAAUACAUACUUUUUGUAAUAUAUAGCUUUAAUCUAAGAUUUUAACAUUGAAAAUUAGAUAUUGGGUCAACAUUGACAAUAUUUUUAAAUAAUUUGAUACUACUUACUAUUCACUACUAAGAGGCAAGUGAUGAAAUGUUCAAUGAUCAACUGUCAUCCUUUUUCCAGUCCCAAGGGUUACCAGAGAACAAUAAUUUUGAGCAUAAUUGUUGGUACUUAUGUAUUUACCGGUAUUUAUUGAAAUACAAGAGAAAAUUUUAGCAUAAUACUAAUAUUUUGUUUCCAAGCAGUAAUUGGUAUUCCAAAUAAAUGACAAAUUUUAUGAAAGAUAUCAAUGAAAUCAAGGUGUGAUGUACAUGUAAUUUUAUUUGGGCAACAGUUUCCUUUUCAAGUUUAUAUUUCAUUCAGUCUAAUACAUCGUGUGAUUAUUCUAAUUUAAUGAUUAAUCAUUUUCUGUCAAAAAUAUCAAACCAGUGUUGUAAGUAUUACACAAUAAAGUGCAUUGAAUGUUUAAGACAUGAAA